AUGGCAUAUCAGUUAUACAGAAAUACCACUUUGGGAAACAGUCUCCAGGACAGCCUUGAUGGGCUCAUACAGUCUCAACAGAUCACCCCCCAACUUGCCCUUCAAGUUCUACUUCAGUUUGAUAAAGCUAUAAAUUCAGCAUUGGAGCAGAGGGUCAGGAACAGAGUCAAUUUCAGGGGCUCUCUAAAUACAUACAGAUUCUGCGAUAAUGUGUGGACUUUUGUACUGAAUGAUGUUGAAUUCAGAGAGGUGAAAGAACUUAUUCAAGUGGAUAAAGUGAAAAUUGUAGCCUGUGAUGGUAAAAAUACUGGCUCCAAUACUACAGAAUGA